UCCGUGUUCGAUUUUUGAAGUAAUCGAAACUCGAAACCCCCAUCUGAGAGAGAGAGAAAGCGAGAGAGAGAGAAAGCAUGUCGCCGCCAGCAGCAGUAGUAGAAGCGGGCGGAGGUGGCGGAGGAGGAGGACAGCAACCGCGACAGCAGCAACAAGGUGGAUUCGGACAGUCCAUUACUGGAAUCAUAAGGAUCGCCGUGUUCUGGUACUUUGCUUCCAAAUUCUUCUCUCCGAAAAAGCCUGCUGACCCCUCUCACCUCAUCUCCAAUCUCUUCCAGAAGGGCGAGCCUCUGGAUAUGUGGUUAUAUCUUUCUGAGCACCAAAGGUUCAAUGACUUUGGGAACGAAUCUUCUCUUGUUUGGCAUGAAACUAAUAUUCCUUACGCCACUUGGGGUUCUGAAAGCACUCGUACUAUUUCUUUAAAUUACCAUCCUUCCGAUGCCUUGAAAAACAAUGGUAGUCUCUAUGCCCACGUUUUCUUCGCGCGCUCGGGUUACCCCCCAGAUCCAAAUGACCCUGAAUACCAGCCUCAAGGUGCCUUUGGGAGGACUCACCCCGUGGUGGCAUAUUUGCCCAAAUCAAGAUCAGAUAAGAGGAAAAGUCUGCUUGGGAACCCCAAGGAUGCUGAAGGGUCUGAACCUGUAGCUAUGGUGGCUGAUGAUGCUGAAGCUGAUUCUAAAGGUGAUGGCCCUGUUGAAUGGAUUUCUUAUUGGAAACCAAAUAUUACAAUUAACUUUGUUGAAGAUUUUACUCGAUAUGGUCAUAAUGCUGUACCACCGAAUGUGGCUCCUUAUUUAAAUAUCGAUCCUAGUAAUGGAAAUUACUAUCCUACCAUCUUCUUCAACGAGUUUUGGUUACUUAGAGAUAAGUUGAUAGCAAUCAAUGAGACAGUGACAGAAUUCCUUCUUAAUUUGGAGGUUGGACCCAUAAGCAUGAUGAAGUGGCAACUAUUCCUGCAGAUUGACCAAUCAUUCCAAAUUCAUCGUAGUUAUGGAAGCAUGCUUGAAGGCGAGGCUGAUGAACUGAAGAGGGUCUUCCUGGAAGGAAAUCCAUACUUGCUAGUGAUCACAAUGGUUGUUUCUUUGCUUCAUUCCGUGUUUGACUUCUUGGCUUUCAAGAAUGAUAUCCAGUUUUGGAACAAAAAUAAGUCUAUGGAGGGACUGUCUGCAAAAUCUGUCGUGGUUAGCUUUUUGUGUCAGCUCAUUAUUUUCCUUUAUCUACUUGACAAUGAGACCUCAUGGAUGAUACUGGCAAGUUCUGGAAUUGGUUGCUGCAUUGAGUUUUGGAAGAUAGGGAAAGCAAUGCACAUAGAGGUUGAUAGAUCUGGAAAGAUACCUAUGUUGAGAUUCCGAGAUCGUGAUUCAUAUGCAAGCAAUAAAACCAAGGAAUAUGAUGAUAUAGCAAUGAAGUAUUUGUCCUACGUGCUCUUCCUCCUUGUUGCAUGCUUUUCUAUUUACUCCCUUAUGUAUGAGCGUCAUAGGAGCUGGUAUUCUUGGAUUCUCUCUUCACUCACAAGCUGUGUCUACAUGUUUGGUUUUAUUAUGAUGUGCCCUCAACUUUUCAUAAACUAUAAGCUUAAGUCUGUGGCUCAUUUACCCUGGAGGCAGAUGACUUACAAGUUCCUCAACACCAUCAUUGAUGAUCUCUUUGCAUUCGUCAUAAAAAUGCCAACACUUCAUCGACUUUCUGUCUUCCGUGAUGAUCUUAUAUUUUUAAUCUAUCUGUACCAGAGGUGGGUAUAUCCCGUGGAUAAGAAACGAAUAAACGAAUUUGGUUUCGGUGGCGAGGAUGACCAGGCGCCUGGCAGUACAGAUAUUACCACUGCCAAUGAAGAUGAGAAGAAAACCAACUGAACUUGCUUUGGCUGUUCUUUUUCCAUAAGUUUAGCUUUAGCAACUCUUUAGUGCAAAGAAACAUAAAAUUUCACAACAUAUACUUUUCUAGUGCUUGCUUUAGAAAUUUGGGUUGGAAAAGAAAGGAAGAGCCGGAGGUCUGGUUCCUCUACGGGAGUGCAAUAGAAAGAGAUGUCGUUAUAAGAAAAACCCAGUCUCAGUUUUUUAGUACCAUGUGAAGCUGGCUAACAUGGUUGUAUCAAGAUCUCUUUUUGCUUACUUUUUAUAUUUAAUCAAUGUGAAAUUUGGUAAUUUUUUUUUGGC